UAUUAAUUUAUCGGGAAGGUUUUCCUGCUGUUGUGUAUAUCGAUUCGCGCGGCCACGGUUUCUUUGUUCUCUGAGGCUUAUAUUUGCCGACUUUCACUCGCAGUACGAAUUACAAUAAGAAAACUGACGCUUUAUCGGAAUUUCAGAAAGGUUUCGGCGUUACAGCUGCAUUAAUUCGUGAUCCAAAGUUCUUCUGCAGUUACUGCACAUUUCUCUGGACCCAUUCGCCUUUCAAAAGGUCAUAAAAACCUCUUUGUUAUUUAUAGAAAAUCUAUUUUAAGCCGCACUAAAGAUAGACUUAACACCACGCCAUGUAUUAUACGGGUUUCCCCAAUACUAAUUCCCAAGCGGGAAAACCUAUAAGAGUUUUUCUUCGCGCUGACCCAGAUUUCAUUACUCUUCCGUCGGGGUUGACCCAGAUUUUCACGAGACAUAUUCACGAGAAUAUUCGGGUUUCACAUCUUUGCCCGCGUCACAAGGUGCAACUAACUCAAAAGGUCAAGACGUAACGUGGGCGCGCUGCGGUUCGCCUUAAUUUAAAUUAAUGCAUUUCGGUCUUCUCGCCUACGGAGGCGGUGAACUGUUAUUAUGUUUUCGCACAACAAAGAAUUAAAUCCUUUGUAGCCCGAUAAAAAAAAUUCCCGGGGUGCAAGAUCGGGAGAUCUGACUGGCCACUCGGUAGGCCCUCGACGACCAAUCCACCGAUUAAGGUAAGUAUUAGUCAAAAAUUCUCUAACAUUUUUGCUAAAGUAAGGCGGUGCUCCAUCAUGUUAAAAAACUGUUUCAAACUCAAAUUCAUGAGGGUUGUCUUCAAUAUUCUAAAGGAUCAGUCGUUCAACUGCAUUUUCCAACAUGUUUAAGUAGUAAGGGUCCCCUGUCAAAUUUCAUUUCAAACUCUACAAGCAACAACACACCUACAAACUAAUUACACCUAAAUAUCAUUUAGUGGGAGCUUUCAAACGAGGUAUCGCAUGAUCCCUUUUCUAUUUAAUUUUAAUUUUCAAAAUGAGUCCUGUCUCCAUUUACAGUUUUACAAAAUGAGGUAGGGACCAAAACGUACUAUUUAUGUGUGGCGCAUACUCCGCAGGUGUUUCCCUCGACAAAUGAUUCCAUUAGAAACUUUUCGUUACAAAAACAAACCGCACUAAAUUAUUAAUCCAUUUUCGAUACGCCGUAUCAAAAGAAGUAAUAUUUAAAUCAAAGUAGGCUUUAGCGUUCCCGUAAACGUAAUUACACAGCACUCAAGAGCGGUAAUUUAUAUUUAACGACCUGUCCAUUAAUGAUUCCGAAGAAAACAAAGUUUAAUCGCACACUGUUUGUGGUGGGCGAUAUGGGUGCUACGGUUAUCAUAUUGAUACUGUGGGCCCAUCUACUAAUCCAGGCGUCUGGGAAAUUGAGUUUUGUUGACAACCGACAUUGUUUCUUCUUAAAGAAUUACGAAGUUUAUGUGGAGCAUUUCAAGUUGUCCAACACCAUACAGAUCACGAGACUGUACCACGAGUCAGCUGACCAUCGCAGCAAUGACUUACUCGCCGAGUUUACCGAGAUGAAUUUAUAUUUAGAGAAGAGCGUGCUGCUGAUUUCCGAGAAAAUUGAUCAAAAUAAAGUGAAGUUGAAACAACUUGCCGCACAACCCAUAGAGUUUGUUAAUAGAUCUCCAGGAAACCAUUCUGACGGAACUGCCGCCGAAGGCUUGCUGCAGCAGCGACUCCGAUAUAUUUAUUAUAAAUUCGUACGACUGUACAUUGUUAAAGACACCAGCACGUUUUUGCAGUACUUAAGAAUCUUAGAUGUGAACAAGUUCCUUGCCGCAGCACGUACGUUAACAGUCAUAAUGUUUUCAUCUCAAGACGCAGACCUCGAAGCCAUGCAAACCCUUCUACAGUACCUCUGGAAGAAGUACUCUAUCCUAAAUGUGCUCGCUCAAUUCCCAUGCUCCGACAAAAAAGAGUUUAUUUUCACCUAUAAACCUUUCAGGAUGACUCGACGUGGUUAUGGGGCAUUCGAGGCGUAUCACUACAGGGACGGCCUGACGAAUCCGGACUUCCUGCUGACUGACGUGGAACAGCUUAAUGGCUAUACCUUAAGGCUGGCGCAGUUUGAGCGUUAUCCGUCUUCCACCCUGAAUAUCCCCAAAGUACUCACUGAAAACCCCAUCUACGUCAACCGUGGGGCUAUGAAACUUUAUGGGAUAGACGCGAUGAUGAUGGCCGAGUUGCAACGGCAAAUGAAUUUUUCGGUUGAGAUGUACGAGGGGUUUUUGGGGCAGAGCUAUGGAAAGGUGAACGAUGACGGACAGGCUGUAGGUAGCCUCAAGGCUGUUAUAGACCGAAUCAUCGAUAUCCAUGAUUCGACAACGAUCAUCUCUGCCUGAUCGCUCCUGUUUCAGGAAACUUGCCAAAGUGGCAAACGAUGUUUAAGCUAUUCACAUCCAACAUUGGAAUGAUCAUCUUGUUCAACGCCUUCAUCUCUUUGCUUAACAAAUGGUUCUCUGGACCAGCCCUAAGAUACU